AUUUGGAACCAUCCUGGAAUCCUGCAAUUGUCAAAAGAAGACAAAUAUUAUGUGAAGCGUGAAGAUGCUGUUGAAAAUUUUCUUGCAGAUGACAGCUCUAGUGAUGAAAACAUGGAUUCUAAUAUUGGCAUUGGAGAGAAGCCAGCGAAUGCCAAUGGAAAUCAUCAGGAUAAGUUUGUUAGUGGCUUCUUCAUUAAGGAUUGGUGGAAUGGCCUGCUUCAUGCAAAUAGUUACAAGGAGCUCGAUUACAGUGGCAAGAUGGUUUUGCUACUGGAGAUCUUAACCAUGUGCUCUGAAUUGGGUGAUAAGGCAUUGGUAUUCAGCCAGAGCAUUCCUACGCUUGACCUAAUUGAAUUCUACCUUUCAAGAUUGCCCAGACGAGGAAAGGGAGGAAAAUUUUGGAAGAAGGGUAAAGAUUGGUAUAGGCUUGAUGGAAGAACUGAGGGUUCCGAAAGACAGAAGAUUGUUGAAAGGUUUAAUGAGCCUUUAAAUAAGAGGGUAAAAUGUACCCUGAUAUCUACUAGAGCUGGAUCAUUGGGCAUCAAUCUUCAUUCUGCUAAUCGCGUCGUCAUAGUGGAUGGUUCUUGGAAUCCAACUUAUGAUCUUCAGGCUAUUUAUCGUGCUUGGAGAUAUGGCCAAACAAAACCUGUGUUUGCUUACAGAUUUUUGGCACAUGGAACAAUGGAAGAAAAAAUUUACAAGCGUCAGGUAACAAAGGAGGGACUGGCGGCAAGAGUUGUCGAUCGCCAACAGGUAUACCGGACUAUUUCUCGGGAGGAAAUGUUGCAUCUUUUUGAAUUUGGUGAUGAUGAGAACCCUGAGGCUUCCACCGAGUUGGACCAAGGAAAUGGCCAUGCACCUCACCCGACUACAACUGGGCAUCAUGGAAAUGUGCUCAAGCAGAAAGGGCCUCUUUCCCAUGGAAGUUGCUCAUCUGACAAGUUAAUGGAAAGUUUACUUGGCCAACACCAUCCGAGGUGGGUUGCUAACUACCACGAGCACGAAACAUUACUGCAAGAGAAUGAAGAUGAAAAGCUAUCAAAGGAGGAGCAAGACAUGGCAUGGGAAGUGUACAGAAAAUCAUUGGGAUGGGAGGAAGUGCAGAAAGUUUCGCCAGGUGAUUUAACGUCCGAGCAAAAGCUAACCACGUCAAAUGUCGCUCAUCCUGCACCCGAGACUAUCAAUCUGGCACAAUCAAGGGCAAGGAACCGAUUCAUUACUCGUAAAUGUACUAAUCUUUCCCACUUGCUGACACUAAGAAGUCAAGGGACAAAAGUUGGCUGCAGUACAGUAUGUGGAGAAUGCGCUCAAGAGAUAAGCUGGGAAGAGCUCAACAGAGAUAGCAAGCUAGGGAAGUGACGAACAGCUUCAUUCUUCCAUUCUAUCUAUAUUUUGUGCUGCUAUUGCAGCCUCCGUAAGUCCAAUUCUUCUAACAGAUUCUAACUUUAGCAAUUCCUUUUUGUAACAUGAAUCCCUUUUUGGCUCCACUUUUAUGUUUCUUUCAGGUCCUUUUUGUCUUUUUCUAUUUUAUUUUUUGGUGAGGGGGGCAGACAUAAUAGAGAGAAGGGUAUAAUUCAUAUUGGUUAGUUGAAACUAGGUCUGUAUAGAUUUGUAUUCUGUGAUCUUUCAAUAUAUAUAGUUGAAUGAAAUAGCAGUAAGUUCUCUGUUCUUGUUUCA